ACGGUGAGAAACCGUAACGGUACAUAACGCCUCGCGCAUGGUUGCUGGGCCAUGCGUUGACUUCAAGUGUUUUUGAGUAGUCACGAUCGUUGUGAAUGGUAGAGUUGCGUUUGUUCGUGACUGCCCCCUCCUGAAGUGUGGUUGAGUGGAGCUCGGCGCCCGCGAGAGAGCCCAGUUUCGAACCCCAACCGGAGCCCGAUCUACCCAAGAAGACCGGAGGUGCCCGAUCGGUUUGCAAAGAGAAAGGUUUUAUAUAGCGAUCGCAUUUUCGAUUGCAAUUUCAGUCUGAGCAUAGCACGGGUCGCGUGUUGAUAUAACCACACGGCGAGCCCCCGGUUCUAGAGUUACACCCGAGUCCCUCUCCCGAAGGAGUUGAUCCGUAGUAGUCCCAUCCGGUGCGAUCCCGCAGGUAACCGGUUUUGUUCCAUCAGGACCCCCGAUCCGGUGAUCCUGCUGCCGGUUUGAAAUAUCUGGAGAUAUUCGAAUCGAGUGAUUGACGGUGACCAAGUGUGAAGUUGCGAAUCUGUAUCGAUCUGUAUUGGAAAGUCGCGGAACACCUGGCAUUCCUCGGAGCCAACCUUGGCUAGGUCCGUGCGCGUGUGCUUCAUUGCUAAGUGAACCUUCGAAGUGGAAACACCGCAGAGCUGCAGUCGGUUUCGGUUGUCACGCAUGGAUUAGUCCGGAUUCCUUGAAAGGAAUUUGAAAAACACCGAGCCAAUCAAGGGUGGAUCAAGUGCGUCUGGUAGUGUGUUACGAUCCGAUGGUGUGUAUGUGAAGAGUACAGCAGCGCACGCGGCAAUAGCGAGGAUUAAACUCAGUGAUUCGUAGUUUUUUUUUUUCGGUGGCACAAACAGGAAAAGAAAAGAGUUGGAAGUUGAAAUACGCUACUCGCUGGAUACGAUCGUGGAAUAGUCGAGUGGGCAUUUCCCCCGUGAGUGGAAAUACUGCAAAUUCUUCCCAAGUGCUAAUACAAGUGGAUACGAUGGCCAUAGACUGGCGAAAUAGUGUGAGCGCGAUAGCACUCGGUGCUAUCGUCCUGGCCCUGGUGGGUGUGUUCCAGACAGAGGCCGUUAGGGUGACGCCGGCACAGCCUUCGCCGACCUCCAGACGUGUAUCAGAUGAUCAGACACCUGCUUCAUCUUGGUGGUCAUCACAGGUUGCCGAUGCCGUCCCAGCCCCGAAGAACUACUAUCAGGCCACCCACGGCCUGGUGCAGACACACCCGUCGCUGACCAAGAGUGGUCCCCAGGCGCUGCCUCUGACGCAGCCACGAGUGCCAUCCGCCGGAUCCCUAGCCAGCGGGUUCCCCUCGAUUGCCAACGCCAACCCACGGUCACCGUUCCGCCAUUUGGACUUCAGCAGCAGUGCCACUGCCGAACUGAGACGCAACCCGAGCCUGUCGGCGCCCGACGAGUGCGCCCGAGCUUGCCGCGAAGGAGAACCACCGAGGAUCUGCUACUACCACUUCACCGCCGAAUACUACACCGUUUUGGGAGCGGCCUGUCAAGUAUGUACCCCGAAUGCCACCAACACCGUCUGGAGCCACUGUCAGUGCGUGUUGGCCGAUGGUGUCGAGCGAGGUAUUCUGACCAUCAACCGUAUGAUCCCUGGGCCCAGUAUUCAGGUGUGCGAGAACGAUCGGGUUGUGAUCGACGUCGAGAACCACAUGGAAGGUAUGGAGUUGACCAUUCACUGGCACGGAAUCUGGCAGCGAGGAACGCAGUACUAUGAUGGUGUUCCGUUUGUGACGCAGUGCCCCAUUCAGCAAGGAAAUACCUUCAGAUACCAAUGGACCGGUAACGCAGGUACUCACUUCUGGCACGCUCACACCGGUCUCCAGAAGCUGGAUGGUCUCUACGGAAGCAUCGUCGUCCGCCAGCCCCCGUCCCGUGACCCCAACUCGCACCUGUACGACUUCGAUCUGACCACGCACAUCAUGCUGGUAAGCGAUUGGCUCCACGAAGAUGCCGCCGAACGGUACCCAGGUCGUCUCGCCGUCAACACCGGUCAGGAUCCCGAAUCGCUGCUCAUCAACGGCAAGGGACAGUUCCGUGACCCCAACACCGGUUUCAUGACCAACACCCCGCUGGAAAUCUUCACCAUCACCCCAGGCCGCCGUUACCGAUUCCGCAUGAUCAACGCCUUUGCCUCCGUUUGCCCAGCCCAAGUCACCAUCGAAGGACACGGACUCACAGUGAUCGCCACCGACGGAGAACCAGUGCUUCCAGUGCAAGUCAACACCAUCAUUUCAUUCUCAGGCGAACGUUACGACUUUGUCAUCAGUGCCGACCAGCCAGUGGGUGCCUACUGGAUCCAGCUCCGUGGUCUCGGCGAGUGCGGUAUCAAACGUGCCCAGCAGUUGGCCAUCCUCCGAUAUGCCCGUGGUCCAUACCAGCCCGCCUCGCCACCACCAACCUACGACGUCGGUUUGCCCCAGGGAGUGGUCCUGAACCCGCUGGAUGCCGUCUGUAACGUGCCCCGACCGGACGCGAUCUGCGUCAGCAAUCUGCGAAGCGCCAAAAAGCUCGACAAAGCCGUCCUAACCGAACGACCGGAUGUGAAGAUUUUCCUCCCCUUCCGGUUCUACUUCUACCGGGUGGAGGAACUGUUCACACCGAACACCUACAACAAAUUCCUAGUUGCGCCGGGCGGUGAUCACCUGAUUUCGCUGAUUGACGAAAUUUCCUACGUGUCACCGCCAUCGCCAAUGCUGUCCCAACUCGAGGACAUCCCACCGGAGCAGUUCUGCAACGGUGACAACCGCCCGCCAGAUUGCGGCCCGAACUGCAUGUGCACCCACACGGUUGAUAUCCCCCUGAAUGCGAUCGUCGAAGUCGUCCUGGUAGAUGAAGUCCAACAAGACAAUCUGAGCCAUCCGUUCCACUUGCACGGUCACUCGUUCAACGUGAUCGGUAUGGGCCGUUCGCCCGAUACCACCGUCAAGAAGAUCAACCUGCGCCAUGCUCUCGACCUCGAUCGUCGCGGUCUGCUGAACCGGCAGUUCAACCUACCCCCACUGAAGGAUACGGUGGCAGUGCCCAACAAUGGCUACGUGGUGAUGCGGUUUAGAGCCAACAAUCCAGGCUACUGGCUCUUCCACUGUCACUUCCAGUUCCACAUUGUGAUCGGCAUGAAUCUGGUCGUCCACGUCGGAUCCAAGGCCGAUCUUCCCCCAGUGCCACCAAACUUCCCGCGGUGUGGAAACCACAUACCUCCAAUCCGGUUCAACUAAGGGGAUCCCACCCCUGAGAGUUUAGUUUUUAGGCAGCGUGUAACUGUUGUUGUAGGAUAAGCGACCUCCCUGCUGCGGCAGGGAAACUCAGACAGGAAAUCGAGAGAAACAACUGUAAUGACUGUAUUGCUCAUGUGAAUCGAUCUUCAUCUAUGCGGCAAGAUAAUGUGAGACAGACAGACAACCUGACCAGACGAACGUACAAUAGAAGCGAGGAAAGCUCUAUAUUAGAUAGGAGUUUGAGCCACGAACGAGUGUAGUGAAGAGAUGUGUAAUUUUUGUUGAUACGUAAGCGCUUCGUUAGUUUGUAAUUUAGACCAAUUGUAUCGUUAUGCUCAACUGACUGUCCUUAAGUUUAUUUUUUUUUUCGGUUAAAGUUUUUGUAUCUAUAUGAGUUUGAGUUGAUUUUUCCCUCGAAAGACGAUAAUAUAUUAACAAAAUAAUUAUAUAUCUUAGGAUAGGUAACUUAAAUCCAGUUAUUCCAUUGACUUUACGUGUAUCGAAAGAGGAUGUUCAUCAAUAGCAAACUGGUUCUGUAAUAAUGCCCAAUGGUAAGGUACAAGAAAGAUGCUGAAAUUUAUGAAAAUGGAUUGACUUUCGGAAGCUUUUCAAAUAUCCGUUGCGUUGAAUACCAUAAGAGUAGAAUAAUUUCAAGUUUUUUACACGAAGAAAACUUUGAAGCGGACUUGGAGUGAUCUUUAAAGCUGAGAACCUGAGAUCAAAUCCCACUCCUGAUGAACAAACCAAAUAUAAGUUCUUCCUUUGGACACAGACAAACAGACGUAACACUUGCAAAAUUUCCAUCGAUCACGCUUUUAACGAUCAUUUGUGGCUUUCACAACCAGAGGCGCGCGCAUCGUUUUUCUAUGCGUUUGACGUUUCACACUAGCGCCUUCUGUUGACGAUAUUGCACAACACAAUGAUUCGUGCAACUUUUCCACCAGGUGAUGGUAGUGUGAACUGGGCGAUGGAUUUCCAUGAAAAUCGCUCAAGGUGUUACGUCUGUUUGUCCGUGCUUUGGAAGUCAACUGAAGCCGUGGGCAUAAACAAAUAGACAUAACACCUCCAGUUCACACUACAUCACCUGGUAGUUUCAAGAAAAACUGCGUUGUGCAACAAUACCACCAAAAGGCGCUAGUGUGAAACGUCAAACGCAAAGAAAAUGUAGGAGAGUGCCUCUUGUUGUGAAGGCCGCAACUACAGUAGACGUUCGGUCGGUGCAAACGGUUUAACUGCAAUGCUUUUUAACUGCAAGUCCGGUAAGUGCAACAAAUUUGCAGUUAUCGCACCGCCAAACGUCAAAAUGAUGCGCCAUGUUAGCCCAAAUUAACAGUUGGGCCACGUUCACGGUUAUUUUAUGUCGAUUGACAACCUGUUGACAUCUGUCAGUCGUUGCAGUUAUCGAAUUUCUUUCGCUAAGUGAAACGUAAACAUCACGGAG